UGUGGUGUUUGGCCUUUUUGAUAAAAGAUUGUUUAUAGUUUGUUUAUAUUUCUAGUUAGUCUAUUACCGAAUAGAGGAAUGGUGAACAGCAAACUCGUAUAUUAUUUCCCUAAAUAUCACAUUGGCGACGAAUAAGACCCCACGCGAAGUGUAAAUAGUAAAUUAAUACACAUAGCAAGAGCGGAAGGUAUACAUUAUGAGUUCUAGCACAUGUAUAUUCGGUGGUAACCUCAAUUUCGACCACGCCUGUCAUGAAUGGCAAAUUUUCAAAGACCGGUUUGUACAGUUCUGCAUAGCAAACGACAUUACCGAAGAAAACGAUGCAGCAGGCCUUAAAAGGAGAGCCUUGCUGCUGACGGCGCUGGUUGAUGACACAUACCGGGUCGUAAAAGACUUGGCCUUCCCGACCUUACUAGACAAUGUGGAGUACAAGGCGCUUGUAGCAUUGCUAGACCGGCACCUGGAGCCAAAGAGGUGCAGCUUCGCAGAAAGGAGCGCUUUCUACAAGGCGGAGCAGCGGGCAGGAGAGGGACUGGCCGAGUGGGCGGCUCGAGUGCGGAGGGCGGCGCAGUACUGCGGGUUCGGAACGGAGCUCGACACGGCGCUGCGCGACCGAUUCGUCCUCGGACUGGAGGACGCGAAGGAGAAGGAGCGACUGUUCGCGGAGAGCGUGGACACGCUCACUAUGAACAAGGCACUGGAGCUGGCGCAGGGCGUGCGGUGCGCGCGGCAGGCGCUGCGCGGUGCGCGAGGCGCCGGGGAGCCGCCGCAGCUGUUCGAGAUGCGAGCGGGCAGCGGCGCGGGCCGCGCCACGCCGGCGGCCGCGCCGUCACCCGCCGCGCAGACACGAGCAGGCAGGUGUAAGGUGUGCGGCUACCGGAACCACACGACGGACCAGUGUAGAUUUAGUGACUUGACUUGUCAGAAUUGCAAUAAGAAGGGCCAUCUCAGAAGAAUGUGCAAGUCCAGGGGAAACAAUUUCCUGCAGCCGGAGGACAGCGACAUUGAAGACGAUGUCGCAGUGUAAGCAGUAUGGUGGGCAGAGGAAGAUUUUUUUUUCUAUUGGUGAUCGAGUUUUAGUUAAAUGUUUUUUCAAAAAUGGCAACAAAACCGAAUGGAAACUGGGUACAGUCAAGGAAAGAAUAGGUGCCAUGAUGUAUAUAGUGUAUAUAUCUGAUUUAAAUACAGAUGCCAGAAAGCAUGUUGAUCAUCUUCUAAAA